AUGCCUGACCAUCACCUGCGACAGUACCGUUUUCAGCUGAUAGCACGGUUGUUGAUUUGCACUCUGCCCGGGUCUGACUUAAAACAAGGCAGUUCCAGGGCUGCAUCUUUGCACUGGACAGGUGAGCGAGCUGUCAGUGUCCUCUUGCUUGGUCUCCUUCCUGCUGCCUACCUGUAUCCUGGACCAGCCAUGGACUAUUCGCUGGCUGCAGCCCUCACUCUCCAUGGCCACUGGGGUCUUGGACAGGUUAUAACUGACUACGUCCACGGAGAUAUACCCAUUAAACUGGCCAAUGCAGGUCUGUACGUACUGUCGGCCGUUACCUUCACUGGCCUCUGCUACUUUAACUAUUACGAUGUUGGUAUCUGCAAGGCUGUUGCCAUGCUCUGGAGCCUCUAAGAUGCAACUGAGUCCCUGACAAACACGAUUGUUCACUGCUGCCUCUGCUUCAUCGUAUUUUUACCA